AUGGCAGAUGAAGCCUAUGAAUUUCUCCUCAAUGGAAAUCCUCCGCCCAGAACCAGCGACUCGUGCACAAACUGUCGUCUCCACGGGAAUUAUACCCUUCUUAACGAUCCUCUUGCGCGUUACCGAUGCAACGACUGCGUCCACCACCCAAACCUCUGUGCAGAAUGCGCCAUCUCUGCUCACGUGCUCUGUACUUACCACCGUCUGCUUCGCUGGGAUGCACUUGAGGGUACGUGGCUGCCCACCGACGUUUUCGAGCUGGGCUUCGUCCUCCAUCUCAGUCACGCGCCCGGAGAGGUUUGCAAGUCUAAGGAUGCCCAUAAGCGAGGCAUUACCAUUGUCCAUGAGCACGGCAUCAUCGCGCGUGCGACGGUCCAGUUCUGUCAGUGCACGUACUUGUCCUACCCCCUACAACUUCUUCAACACGGACUCUUCCCUGGAACCUGGGACGGCUGGCCACAGACCGCGUACACGCUUCAAGCGCUUGAGGUCUUCGAACACCAACUCCUGCAAGCACAAUCCAGCGUUCACGACAUAUACCUGAUCCUUCGUCGACUGACCAACAGGUUUGUGCCGGGCAAGGUGAAGGAUCGCGAGAGGGAACUGGUGCAGACCCUGCGCGAGUAUGGGUACCUCCAAUGCUGCAUGCGACACGGACGAAAACCCGGUGCCCCUUUCCAACACAACGCCAUGGUCACUCUCUGCUCCGCCUGUCCAAAUCCCGGGAAGAACAUGCGUAAGAACUGGGAGUUCAGAGAUCGGAAGUUCAGGUUCUUGGACGAAUGGUUCCUCGAGGGCGACGGGUGUUUUCGACAACACCUGCGACCCAAACCGACCGACGCUCGCGACAGGAGGUAUUGUGGCGACGUAUCAUACUUCACGAGUUCCUCGGACGUCGAAAGGCAUCUAGCUCGCGUUGGAGACAAGGACAAAGAGCCCGAGGACUGUCAUAACUUCAAGGCAAGCGGCCACGGCGGUUACACGGGCCCGGUGACAGGCGUGAUCGCAAUGGUAUGCCGUCAUGGCCUCGUGGCUGGUGGUAGCGCUAUCAAUUUGAACAAGGGUGAAAGAUUCGCUUACAUCCACCUCGCCUUGGUGUCGGCCUCACAAUCCCUUCAGUCGCUCAAGACCGUAAAGCUCUGGUAUGACGUCGGAUGCAACCUGAGUGUCAACCUGAAGAAGCGCGUUGAGGAGAUCCAGGAGCACGCCGAGCAGCUAUCGACGAUCGCGAAGACCGGCGUGUUUCCAGACAUCGAGACGAUGAUCGGUGACUUCCACAUUCGAGCUCAUAAGGAGGACUGCCACACGAAACUAAACUCCAUGUUCCGCUUCGGGGCGGCGCGCACGGGGGGCGAGGAGUGCGAACAGGUAUGGUCUGGCCUCAACAAUAUCUCCAACCGAACCAAGGAGAUGAACAACGCGAACCGCGAGGACACCCUCGCACUUGCUCUCGACGACAUGAACCAGUGCAAGAUAUUCAACAUGAACCGCUUCCUGGUGAAAUGUCACAACAAAGCCGUCAUUCGGGAAGCGGCCCAUAGCGCGUUCCUCAAAUCCUUAGAGGCGACAAUUCCCCAGGAUAUCCUGCGCGUUUGGCGUGACGAGCUUGACGUGUGGCUGCAGGAGAUUAUUGAUCCGGCGAAACACCGGUCAAUCCUCAAUCCUUUCGUCCCGAAGGUCGCACACGGUCAGACAGGCGCGUUCAUAACCCUAAAUUCUGCAUAUACUCAUGGGAAAUUCGACAGACCUUUCGUUCUUCCUCUCGGCCGCGGCCUUGAAGCCACCCGUCGCCUCGAUUCCACCAGGGGAAAUGAACGAGUGGAGUCACAAAUUGAACUACUGGAUGCGGGCAACAGUGGCAACACGAAACACCGCAAGGCUUGCAUGGCCCGCGCCGAGGCGUUUCUGAAGAAGUCUGCCGCCUGUUUGAAGCGUUAUAACCAAGCGUUCGGCUCUGACAUUCAGCAAGCUAUCCAUGAAUGUCUUCGAACUGAAGGCGACGGCCUCCCCCCGCACUUUCCCCAAUUGCAAGCUGUUGAUAUCCUGCUCCCUUCUAACUGCCACUUCGCGUUGCGCACGCAUCCUCUCCUGGAAGCUGCCGCAUGCCUUGAACGCGCGGUCCGCGAGGCUCAGGCGUCGGAGGCGCUGAACAACGUGCGCAAGGCAGUGGUUCUGAGUCACUCCAUCAACGAUCUCCGCGACGACGACCCGCAAGGCCAUCACAAGCGCCGCCACCGGUCGGCACACUCCAACCCCACUCCUAGACCUAAGCCGAUGCCCUUGAACUCGGCAGUGCUCGACGCUCGGGCCACGUACAAUCGCUUCCGCACCCUUCUGCUCCGACUAGGAAUGCCGCCCAACGACCCCGAGUAUCGUGUUCUCCAAAACGUUGACCUCAGACACUUCACAGUGCUUCACAGUCAGCGAAACGCGGGGGAUACUCAAAGGGUGCCUAGUUGGCUAUGGUCCACUGCAACUUGGGCUCGUGACUUCGCCAAUGCCGACCAGGAAGCUUUUGCGGUUGCUAAGCUCAAGGUGUUCUGGUUCAUCUCGCGAUCGGCACGGGAUCGUUGGGGAGAGGAAGUACAUCUUCGCUGCGAGGAGAUGUAUCGGACGCUUCAAAUGUGGACCGUCGAGAGACAACGGUGGCGGGACUCAGCCAUACAGUUGGAUAUUGCUGGGGACGAGGGCGCGGCGGUAUAUCAUCGAGGGUGA